AUGAAGGGCGUCCUCGACUGGACGGACGAGGAAGUCGUGUCCACGGACUUCGUGACCUGCAAGGCUUCCUCUGUCUUCGACGUGGCUGCCGGAAUCUCGCUCAACGACAAUUUCGUGAAGCUUGUGAGCUGGUAUGACAACGAGUGGGGAUAUUCCAACCGCCUUGUGGAGCUGGCCGUGCACAUGGCCAAGGUGGACGGCUAG